AUGAGUGAUAUGGAGGACAAUGUACAUAAUGAUGGGCUAACUGAUGGGCAAAAUGUUGAAUCAAUUAUUUCAUUCCCCUCGGGUCCCGCAGAAGCGGUGUCCAACGAGACCACUGAUGCAGAUGAAGAGAGUUUGCUCAAACACUCUACCACUCUCACCAACAGACAGCGUGGGAACGAGGUUACAGCACGCCCAGCAACAUUAGACUCUCUGUCCAUACACCAGCUGGCGGCUCAGGGGGAACUGUCACAGGUGGCUACACACCUGAGUAAAGACCGCUCAGUGCUUAACAAACAGGAUGAACGGGGUUUCACGCCUCUGAUGUGGGCAGCAGCGUUUGGAGAGAAAGCAGUCGUGGAUUUCCUCUUGGAAAAGGGGGCCAACCCCAGAACUAUUGCAUGGGAGAGAGAGAGCGCACUGACACUGGCCAGCGCUGGAGGCUUCGCUGACAUUGUCAAUUCUCUCCUUGGAUAUGGGGUAGACAUUAACACUUAUGACUGGAAUGGAGGAACUCCCCUCCUGUAUGCUGUAAGAGGGAACCACAUCAGAUGUGUGGAGGCACUCUUAGCGAAAGGAGCUGACUUGACCAGUGAGUCUGACUCUGGAUAUAGUCCCAUGGCCCUAGCUGUUGCCCUCGGACACAAAAAGAUCCAAAAAGUGUUGGAAGACCACAUUUUGAAACUCUACAAGCCACCAUGACGCUACCAUAGUAAAUGGAGUGGCACGGUGGCCCAGUGGUUAGCACCGUUGCCUCACAGCAGGAAGGUCCUGGGUUCGAACCCCAGGCCGUCCCAGGUCCUUUCUGUGUGGAGUUUGCAUGUUCUCCCCGUGUCUGCGUGGGUUUCCUCCGGGUGCCUCCCAUCAUAAAAAAGACAUGCAUGUUAGGGUUGAUACUCCUGCCUCUGCCCCUAACCAAGGCAAUGGAAAGAAGAACUGGAGUUGGUCCCCGGGCGCUGCAGCUGCCCACUGCUGCUAUACAAUAGGAUGGGUUAAAUGCAGAAGACAAAUUUCAUUGUAACCGAACAACUGUACAAUGACAAAUACAAAGUGGCUUCCUUCCUUUCUUUCAAAUGGACGAAACCGUUAAGACAGUGUUGGUGUUGUACAUACUGCCCGAGUUGUCCAUCCACUAUUUGAGAUGAUUGGUAAAGACUGCUUUCAGAAAAAUGAUCAUCAGGGAUAAAAAUACAGGGAAAAAGACUUUAUGUCAAAUGGAAUUGCAUUUGUUGCCAUUUAUAUGCACAACUUAAGCAUAGCAAAUGUGCAUAUAUACACACAAAUUACUCUGUACAAACUAUUUUUUUUCUUUUUAUAUGACCAGACUAGACUGAGAUUUGAAUGGCUGUGCGUCAAACUCUUUGUUUUACUGACUUAUAGCAAAAAUGCUUUCCACACAAAGUUGGGUAUGAAAAGUGGUAUGCAUUUUAUCGUGUUCCUUUAUACACAGUAAAAACUGAAAGGCACGGGUAACAAACAAUAAAAACUGAUGGUUGACUGUAAAACAAAUAAUCCAACGUAUGUGAAAUAAAAAGUCUGCAACCGCA